GUCACUCACGUAACCCUCACGUAGUUAAAUUAAGUCAUGCACAGCCGUUAUGGAACACUGUACUUCGAUUGUUGAAAUCGCGUAUAUAUAGAUCAUGUUACAGUUGUGUCGUGUGCAACAUUUAUAAAGCUUAGUUUACAAUUGUGCCGUGUGUACUAUAUACUGAGACAUUCAAAUAUCGUAUAGUAUUCGGGCUGUCUAUUAAAGGGACCGUCAACCACGAAUGACGAAAAAAAGAAAAGUUCUAAAAUACCGUAAUUUUUAACAAUUAUUAGUUUAUAUUGAUUAAAAUAUCACGACUUGUUUUUUUACAUUACUUGAAAAAAGUUAAUAUUUUUAGUAUAUUCGGUAAAAAAAUUUCGCGAUGUGAAAUCGAAAGUACAUCGCGAAAAUAGGUGACAUAACGAUAUACACACUAUACAUAACAAAGUAGAUAGAUCAUUUUAUAUAGACGAGUUAACGCGUGACGUCACACGCACCUGCAAAGUUUAGACUCCGCCCACUGGUUGGCAAAAAGAGGUGGAAUACACCGUCUACAAAUAAGCACUGCGCAUGCGCGAAGCCUUACUCCGCACAAAGUUAGCUCCCUUGAUAUUUCGAGUAAAAACAAAGGAAACAAAGAAAAAAUGGCGUACACUUGUGCAGUAAAUUCAUGUUCCAACGGUACCUACAGAUUAAAGAAAUGGAAAGCGCAGUUAUGUGACGUUUGUGGUUGUCACCAUAGUGAUGUUGAAUGUACAUGUGAACCACCGUUUAGGUUAUACCCAUUCCCUACCACAAAGAGAGAUCAGGAUGGUAGAACUAAAUGGAAACAACUUGUUGGUCGAAGUGAUGGAACACAGUUAUGGUCACCAUCGAAGGACAGCACAGUUUGUUUCAUGCAUUUCGUGGACGGUAAACCUACAGCAGACAACCCGCUACCAACUGUGAAGAUGGGAUAUGAGGGAGCUGACAAACAUGUGAAGCGCAUGGUACGGUUUCAGUCGACAACGCACACGCCAAGUCCUAAAAGGAGAAGAAAACUGUCGAAGUCUGUAAUUGUAAGUAACGCAUCUUAUGACAUUCCCUCAGUCUAUGUUGCACCUAGUCCUGACCCAGAGGAUAUUGCGUUGCCAAAAGUGAAGCCUUAUGUCCCAUGGAUUUUAACCCUAACCCUACUUGCUCUAUUCACAGCUUUGUGUAAGACUGUGGUGAAUCAGAAAGAAGAGGUAAAGAAACUUAAGACAGAAAUAGUUAAUUUGAAGGCGAGAAAUAGGAAACUUAUGAACACAGCCUAUUCCGAGAAGAUUCUUCAGAAUGACUCUGACGUGAAUUUUAUGACUGGAAUCGCAACUAAAUCCAUGUUCGAUAAACUGCAUUCACAGAUUUUACAGUUUGUGACUAGGAAGUGGCGAGGAGUUGUGUCAAUAUAAAAAAAACAUUAGAAAAUUCAAGAAACUGCGUUGUGGUCCAGAAAGGAAAUUAACUUCUAAAAGUGAAUUCUUGUUAAUUAUGAAAAAACAAUACUAUGAUACAUAACACAACAUAUUUUAAUGAUUUGGUACACAAAGAUAAUGACAAAAUAUAAAUAAUUUGUGCGAACAAUAUCGACUAAGUUUUUCAAAAACAAAACAUGUUCCUUUCACAACUUUUAUUAUUUCUAUC